CUCGCCACUCGGAAGUAGAGUCCUGAGUCGAAGCUCGUUCUUGUGUUCAUUGUAACAAGACUUUCUUAGUCGGGCUGCCCACCAACCUUGGUCAAAAUGGCAGACGAUCGAUCGGAGAGGUCUGAUGGAAAGAUUGUGAAAAUGGAGAUUGAUUACAGUUCUACGGUGGACGUGCGUCUUCCUGAGUGCGAGAAGAUGGCUAAAGCGGGAAGAUUGCAGGAGGCCAUCGAAAGUUUGCUGUCCUUGGAGAAACAAACACGGACUGCUUCUGACAUGGUGUCAACCUCAAGGAUUCUUGUGGCAAUUGUGCAGAUGUGCUAUGAAGCUAAAGACUGGGAUGCAAUGAACGAAAACAUCAUGCUUUUGUCAAAAAGGAGAAGUCAAUUGAAACAGGCAGUAGCCAAAAUGGUGCAGGAGUGCUGUACGUAUGUAGAUAAGAUCACGGACCUGACUGUCAAACUGCGACUAAUUGACACCUUGCGCACCGUCACUGCAGGAAAGAUCUAUGUGGAAAUUGAACGUGCUCGGCUGACCAAGACCUUGGCCAGUAUCAAGGAACAGAAUGGAGAAGUCAAAGAAGCAGCCUCAAUCUUGCAGGAGCUGCAGGUCGAGACAUAUGGCUCCAUGGAGAAGAAAGAGAAGGUUGAGUUCAUACUGGAGCAAAUGAGACUUUGCAUUGCUGUCAAAGACUACAUCCGCACCCAGAUUAUCAGCAAAAAAAUCAACACAAAGUUUUUCCAAGAAGAGGGUACUGAGGAGUCCAAGCUGAAAUACUACAACUUGAUGAUCCAGGUGGAUCAGCAUGAGGGGUCAUACCUAUCCAUAUGCAAGCAUUACCGUGCAAUCUAUGACACACCCUGCAUCCUGGAAGACAGCAGCAAAUGGCAGCAGGCCCUAAAGAGUGUGGUUCUGUAUGUCAUCCUGGCUCCCUAUGACAAUGAGCAGUCAGACCUGGUACAUCGUAUCAAUGCUGAUAAGAAAUUGGAGGAGAUCCCUAAAUACAGGGCCCUCCUGAAGCAGUUUAUCACCAUGGAGUUAAUGCGAUGGGCUUCUCUGGUAGAGGAUUAUGGGAAGGAACUAAGGGAAGGCUCGUCAGAUAGCCCUGCUACAGAUGUCUUUGCCUACACCGAGGAAGGGGAGAAGAGGUGGAAGGAUCUGAAAAACAGAGUGGUAGAGCAUAACAUAAGAAUAAUGGCGAAGUACUAUACAAGGAUCACGAUGAAAAGGAUGGCCGGCCUUCUUGAUCUCUCUGUUGAUGAGUCUGAAGAGUUUCUCUCCAGCUUGGUGGUUAACAAGACCAUUUAUGCCAAGGUGGACAGGCUGGCUGGUAUCAUCAAUUUCCAGAGACCAAAGGACCCCAAUGAUCUCCUGAAUGACUGGUCUCAUAAACUGAACUCACUUAUGUCACUGGUGAACAAAACCACUCACCUUAUUGCCAAAGAGGAGAUGAUACACAAUCUUCAAUAGUGAAUGUACAGAGAUUGUGUGUGCUCCGUUGAAAAAUUAUUGCAUUUACACAAACAGAGAUUCAACUUUGAAAUAUCCUGUCAUAGAUAAUGAGCAUCACAUUUAAGAGUUGUCCUCACUUAAAUCUAAAUUUCAUUGUGAAUAAAUGUUAUUUACAAGUAGUGGUAGUAGAAAAAAACGUUUUGUAAUCUUAUUCCAACAAUUCCUUAGUAUGGCAGCAUUUCUCUACUGAAAUAUGUUUUCUUUGCCAUCCUCUCCAGUGGGGCAGGACAGAUAUUUGAUUACAGAUGCUGUACCUGUCUUUUGCGUUUUCACAAUGUGUUAUAUUAAAAUUUGCUAUAAGUGGUUA